UCGCCGUAGCACUAAAUUCCACACCAAAUAACCCCCCAAAAAAAAAGAAAAAAAAAAAGAAGCAAAUUGAAUCGUUCUAGCGAGGGAAAGAAGAGAGAAGGUAUGGGGAAUUGUAUCGACUCCCGAGGCGGCGCGACGUGGGUCGACGACGACGACUGGGGAUUCUCCGACGAGGAUGAGCGCAAGAGGAGUCCGUUGCUCGGAAAGAAGGGAUCGGCGGCGGCGGAGGCGGCGGCGGUAGGCCCGAGAGAGGUGAAGAUUAAGAUCACGAAGAAACAGCUGCGAGAAUUGUUACGAAAGGCCGAAGGCAAAGGGGUGCCAGCCGACGAGGUCGUGGCGGAGCUUGCCUGGUUUGUUGAGUUCGGCCGCGAACAUCGCGAAUCGCAUUGGAAGCCCGCGUUACAAAGUAUACCGGAGACCGGAGAGUAAUGAAAAUGAAAAGGAAAAAAAAAUUGUAGCAAUGAUGAUGAUAAGUUUGGUUCUUUGAUUCUUUUUAGAAAUUUUUUCUUUUAUGUUUUUAGCAGCAUUUGUGGAGUACCGCUUUUUAGCAGUUUCUCCUUUGGAGGGUGGACGUGUAGAUUUGCAUAAGGUAGUGUAAAUAUAUAGAUUUGGAAGGAGAAAUGGGGAGGGGGGAUAUGUUGGUUUUUCCAUUGUAUAGAUCGUAGGUUCGUAUCUAUGUAUUACGGAUAUUUCUAUAAGUCUUGAGGAUUCGUGUCGGACUCAUAUCCGAUGUGGACAUUUUUUAGACACGCGUUCAA